AUGUUAACUUUCAACUCAACGACUUAUCCAAAAGGUUGGUUCAACUACUUGUCAGGGAGUAUUAGUGUAAACUAUAAAAAUGAUUUAAUUGAAAUCUGUAUUAAUAACAAAGGCAAAAAUUACAAUACCAUUAUUUCAAAUGAUAGUGUGCUUUUAAGGAUUGUUUUGAAUCUUUGGUGCAUAGCUGAGUGUAUUGCUACCAUUCCUUUUUUUCUUGGUAUAUGGUAUCCAGUGUAUAAUCUUUUCAUAGCUCGUAUUAUUUUGGAUACGUUAUUUAUAGUUCUUGGAUUUAUCUACAGCAUUACCAUAGCAGUUUAUUCACUAAUUUUAUACAUGUUGGUGGUAGAAAUGAGUACUUUUAUAUUCUUCGUAUUUAUGAUAUUAUGUUAUAGAUGUUGCAAACUUUUGGACAAUGAACGUAAUCAUAAGCAAAAAAUACGCUGCAAAUCAUUAAUAAAUGAUAAACAUUUUGGUUGCCAACAAAUGAUGUUUGCUGAUGGUGACGUGUUAUGA